CCGCUCUGCAGCUUUUAGUACGGAGAGAACAUGUGGGUACUCGUGCUACUAGCGUGCGUGAGCGCCGGCUGGGCGGCGCCACAGUACGCGCUGCCGGGUGCUGUGUACGCGCACGCACCACUAGUGCACGCUCCCGUCGUCCACGCUGAGCCUGUGGCUUACCCAAAGUACGCGUUUAACUACGGCGUAAAAGAUCCACACACUGGCGACAUAAAGUCACAGCAAGAGGAGAGAGACGGCGAUGUCGUUAAAGGCAGUUACUCACUAGUGGAGCCCGACGGGUCGACGCGAACCGUGGCGUACUCGGCAGAUGAUCACAACGGGUUCAAUGCGGUUGUACAUAAGACCGGCCACGCCGUUCAUCCUGCGCCAAUAGCAGUAGCUCCACACUACGCUGCGCCUGCGCUCGCCAUAUCACCAUACGGACUACACUAACUUGACUACGAAUUCUACCGCCCGCUACAUGAAAGUUAUAAAAAAUAAUUUAAGGCAACUUCACACUAGCGCCUUUUGAGCGUCGGUGUCUAGACAGCGCUAAGGAAAAUGGCGCCGCUUCGUUGUUGCGCCGACGCUGCUUCAAGCAGUUCCUAUAGAGUUGAUUAUAUGCCGACGCUCGGGAGACGUGUGAGGUAGCUUCUAAAUCAUCAAAGAAUAUAUUACACGUUACCGAUUUUUUUUCGAGCGAGAUAAUUACUGGUAAAGUGUUCUAUAUUUAUUAUUUUAUUUAAGUGAUAUGGAAAUACUCUAUUAUUGUAGUGCACUUUAUAAUUUUUAGAUCAUGAUAAAUUAAUUAACUUUCAAGGUAUAUGAUAUUACAUUUGGAAAGAUGUGUAAAUUUGUAGGAUUGAUUAUUUGAUCAUGUAUGCAUUAUUUACAGUUAAAAAUACAAAAGGCACUUAAAAAAUAUUCGUAUUUUAAGAUUAGAUAGGAUAUAUUUGCGGUACACACAGGGUUAUGUAUACAUUUUAAAGCUAUAGUAUAUCUACUUAGAUAUAAAUUUACCUCUUUCAAAUAAAAAAUACCUACAGUGUAAACGAGCGACAACAGCGGCAGAUAAACCGUUAGCGGUUUUCGCUCGCUGUUCCAAUGUAAAAAAAUAGUAUGUAAGUGUUUUUAGAUAAAUAAAUUAAAAAAAAAAAAAUCUAUUGCAUACAAAUAAAAGCAUGAAAACUGAUAGAAUGCCGGGAUAUGCCCUGUAUGAUAUUGCAAUAUAUUCUAUGAUUUGCUACUGUGUGUUACUAACUAAAUAACGGCAUCUGCAGUACAAUUUAUUAAUGUGUUAUUUUAAGGUUUAAUACAUAAUGGUUGUUUACAUAGUUAGUAUUUAUGAGCUUCAUGUAAAGCAUAACGAUGUUUAUUAAGUAUUCCUCAAUAUAUAUUUUACGCGAUUCAUUUACUCUUCAAAUAUUUAGCCUAUUGAUCUCAGAUAUUAUUUUGUCUGUCUGAUUUAUGUUUUCAGUUUAACGAACUCUAUUUUUUGUAUGAUAUAUUUUAUGAUUCUAUAUUUUUUGAA